AUGAUGGGGAGUGACCCGUGGCGGACGGAUGCGUGCCGCAGAGCUGGAGACGAUCGUGGGCAUCGUCAGGACACGGGAGCGUAUCGCUCGCCGGAAGAUGGUUACCGCCAUUGCGAAGAUCGGAGUCGCGGGCGUGGCCUGGAGGAAUUGUUCUCUGGUCGGCAGGGCGAUCUCGAUGUUGACGGAGAGGAAGAGGCCGACACGGCGAAUAAGGCACAGGAGCCGAAUCGCGAAGGAGAGGCGAAGGGCGAAGACAAAAAUCAGGAGGAAGGCGCAGGCGAGCAGCGCGAUAUGCCCGCUGGAGUCAAGGAAGCCGACCCUGCGCAGGCGAGCGUGGUGGCGGAGCCGAGCGCGGUGGAGGCGGAGGAAAGAGUGGUGCUCGGAACCAGCCACGUGGCGGAGAGAAGAACGACGGCGGAAGGCGUAGCGGUGGCUCACGCUCACCGGAUCCGCGUCAGCAUCGUGACGGGGGGCGAGGCGGCGGCGCGCGUUCGCCAGAUCUGCGGCAGAAUCGCGACGAGGGGCGCGGCGGCGGCGUACGUUCGCCAGAUCCGCGGCAAAAUCGUGAUGGGGGACGGGGCGGUGGCGCGCGCUCGCCAGAUCCGUAGAUGCAGCAUGACGGGAGGCGCGGAAGCGGCUACCACUCGCCAGAUCCGCGGCCGCUGCGUGAUGAGGGGCGCGGAGGCGGCUACCGCUCGCCAGAUCCGCGGCAGCACCGGGACAGUGGGCGCGCGGGCAGCGCGCACUCGCCAGAUCCGCGGAGGUAUCACGGCGGGAGGAGCGAAGGGGACUCACGCUCACCAGGCCCUCAUCACUAUCGUGAUGAGAGACGCGGAGGUGGCUAUUGCUCGCCGGACACGCGACGGUACCGUGAAAAGAGGUGGGGAAGCGAGACGUACUCGCCUGACUGGCGCCUGCAACAUGAAUAAAGCCGGGGAGGCGGAUACCGCUCGCCGCAUCGGCCAGGAAGCCGGGAUGAAAGGCGUGGCGGUGGGUCUCGCUCGCCUGGCCGGUAUUGGCAGCGUGAUGGAGGACGUGCCGGUGAGGGAGGACAGGAUCAACGCGGCAGCAGGGGGGGAGGCAGCGGGCUGA